AUGUACAGUUUUUUUAAUGAAACUCCAGAACAUAUUCAUGAAUUAUUUAAACAAGUUCCAUCACCAAAAAAAUUAGCUUAUAAUGUUGAAGUUCCAAAUAGUAAAACAAAAGGGUUCUCAUCAGUUUAUAGAAAUUCUUACGAUCCACAAAAUUUAAUUACUGAUUUACAUCCAUCAAUUGAAUCAUUGUACGAUACUUUUGAAAUUUCAUGUCAAAUAAAUGGUAAAAAACCAUGUUUAGGUAAACGUGAAAAAUUAGCGGAUGGCUCAUUUGGUGGUUAUACUUUUGAUGAUUAUAAUACCGUUCGCCAAAGAAGAAAUAAUUUAGGAAGUGGAGUUUUUUAUAUUCUUACCAAUAAUCCAUAUAAAACAGAUUCAGAAGCUCAUUCAAAGAUCAAAUAUGAUCCAACCACAAAAGAAUCAUUUAUUUUGACAAUUUUUUCCCAUAAUCGUCCAGAAUGGGCUUUAUGUGAUUUAACUAGCGCUGCUUAUUCAAUUACGAAUACUGCAUUAUAUGAUACACUUGGUCCAGAUGCAAGUAAAUAUAUUUUAGGACUUACCGAAUCACCAAUUAUAAUAUGUUCAAAAGAAAAAAUUGAAACAUUAAUCAAUUUGAAAAAGAAUAGUGAAGAAUUAUCAAAUUUAAUUUCAUUAGUUUCUAUGGAUCCUUUAGAUGAUGAUUAUAUAUUGAGAAAAUUAGCUCAUGAAGCAAAAAUUACUUUAUAUGAUUUAGGUGAAGUUGAAAAAUUGGGGGAAAUUAAUGCAUUACCACCAAUCCCACCAAAAAAAGAUUCAUUAUUUACAAUUUCAUUUACAUCUGGUACUACAGGUAAUCCAAAAGGUGUCAUGUUAACUCAACAAAAUUUAAUUGCAUCAUUGAUUUCUCAUUUGAGUGGUUUAGGUUAUCAAGAAAAUGGUACACAUUAUUCAUUCUUACCUUUGGCUCAUAUUUAUGAAAGAUGUGUUAUUCAAUGGGCUAUGAUGUGUGGUAUGAAGGUUGGUUUCCCACAAGGACCAUCACCAUUAACUUUGAUUGAAGAUAUUCAAAUUUUACAACCAACUUGUUUAAGUUUAGUUCCAAGAGUUUUAACAAAAUUAGAAGCUGCAAUUAAAUCACAAACAAUUCAUUCUGAUAAACCAUGGUUAGCUGCAUUAUUUAAUAGAGCAAUUAAUGAAAAGAUUAGAUUACAAAAACAAAAUGAUUUUGAAAAUCCUUCACAUUUAAUUUAUGAUAGAUUAUUUAAUGCAUUGAAAAAGAAAUUGGGUAUGUCCAAAGUUGUUUAUAUGACUACUGGUUCAGCUCCAUUAUCUCCUUCGACAUUUGAAUUUUUACAAGCUGUUUUAAAUAUUCCAAAUGGUAUUUAUUCUGGUUAUGGUAUGACUGAAACUGUUUCAGGUAUGGCUGUUGGACCACCAAAUGCAACUAAAUUAUCAGUAGGUCCAGUUGCUACAACUGUUGAAGUUAAACUUCGUGACAUUCCAGAUAUGAAUUAUUCAAGUUCAGAUGAAGUUGGACCAAGAGGUGAAAUUUUAUUAAGAGGAGCACAAAUUUUUGGUGGUUAUUAUAAAAAUGAUGAGGAAACAAAGAAAUCAUUUGAUGAAGAUGGUUGGUUUUAUACUGGUGAUGUUGCUCAUAUUAAUCCAGAUGAUGGAAAUAGAUUAUAUAUUAUUGAUAGAGUUAAAAAUUUUUAUAAAUUAGCACAAGGUGAAUAUGUAAGUCCAGAAAAAAUCGAAGGUUUAUAUUUAUCACAAUUUCCAUAUGUUCAACAAUUGUAUGUUCAUGGUGAUUCGUUACAAACGUUUUUGGUUGGUAUUGUUGGUUUAGAUGUUACUACUAUCCCGCAAUAUAUAAUGAGAAGAUUCAAAGAUAAAAUCAAUGAUAAAGAUGAUAUUGUCAAAUUUUUCAGUGACACAAAAAAUAAGAAAAUCUUUUUAAAUGAUAUGAAUAAAGCAAUUGCUAACCAAUUGCAAGGCUUUGAGAAAUUACAUAAUAUAGAUAUAAAAUUUGAUCCAUUAACUGUCGAGGAUAAUGUUAUAACACCAACUAUGAAAAUUAAAAGACCAGUUGCCUCAAAAUUCUUUAAAGAAAGUUUGGAUAAAAUGUAUGAAGAAGGUUCAUUGAUUAAAAAUGGUAAUUUGUAAUUUAAUUUAUUUAUAGAAUUAGAAUGUACAAUGCUAGACUUUUUAUUUUGAUGCAAAAGAAAACUAUUCUGUAUACUUUUGAUUCAAUUGAAAUAUAUCAACUAUGGCAUGAUCUCGGAAUUAUAGAAUGAAACGAGUAACAUCAAAGCAAAUAGCAUACUAAAAUUGUGCUCUGAUAGUAGAAAUGCUUUUGUAUUUGCUUGAAUUUCGCUAAAGCACAUUUAAGCGCAAAUGGGAUCUGUUAAGCACGAUUUAAGAUUUAGAUCUGGCUGGAUACUGAGAUACGAGAUCUUACACAAACAAAAAUAUAUUGAGCGCGCACAAAAGAAAACAAAAACAAAAACACCCUUCUUUUUGGUAAUUUUCAGUAAGCUAUGCUGGGCCCAAUUUUAGAGCAAAGCACACAUUUCUUGGUACCAUUCGAAAGGGAAAACGUUGACCAAUCUUAGUAUAAACUACCAAUUGUAAAAGAUUGAAAUUUCUUUAGAAUUAUACUAAAUAUGGUAAUAACGACUACCUUAGCAUAAAUAAGAUAAACUAACCAACUCUUUACCAAACCAACUUGUUUGAGUUUUUAAAAGGGUUUAAAAUUUUGAUCAAAAUUCUAGGAAUUUUGCUCUGGCAGUUGCUAAAACGAGAUAUUUUUACUAAAUGUUGGCAUCUUUUUUUUUUUUAUUUUUUAUUUUUUUUUUUCGUAUCAAAUGUCGGAUUAGAUUUAGAGACUCUUAAAUUAUGUUCCUACUUUGCUUAAAUGGUGCUAAAAUUUUUGUAUCUGGUAAAAUCUUGAAAUGAAAAUUUCGAUGCUAGCGAAAGAUAUGUUAGACAUGCUCGAAUUAAACCUUUAGAGAUCAGCUUAAUGGCGCAGUUUGGUUAGCGCGCGAGGCUCAUAACCUUGAGGUCAUUGGAUCGAAGCCAAUUUAAGCUAUUAUUUUUUGUUUUCCUCGUCAACCGUUUAGUUUACAUUUUUUGUCGGCCUGAUUUCGCGCGAUUUUUUAAAUUUGGGUCCAAUUUAUUAUUUAUUGAUACGAUAAGAAACAUUUUUGUCGAUCAAUACGCGGGGUCAAUUUUAGAUAAACCUUUUUAUAUAUUAGUAGUACUGAAACUGAUCAUCCAUUAGAGGUUAACUACAUAGAAAAGAUCAUAUUGCUGAUGUUAAAUUAGAUGGGAAAGGAGUUGAAAAGAUUGAUUUAGUUGAUAAGAUUGCACCAGUUUGUAAUAACGUCAAAAUUGAUAGUUCAUUAAGAGAAGCAAAAGAUACUAAAGAAGUAGUUAAAGCUAAAAAAGAGUUUGAAGAUCACGAAUAUCCUUGUCUAUUAUUACCUCCAUCUGAUUCAGGAAAAAAUGAUACUCCUACAAACGAUGAUGAUUAAAAGUAGGAGAUGAAAUUAAGAUUGAUCCAAUUUCAAAAUCCACUAAACCAUUAUAUAAGGUGAGAACUGUUGAACAACACUUAUUGAAAGAUAAUUCAAAUGAGCAAGAAAAUAGAGAAGCUAAAGACAGAGAUAUAAUUGUUGAUGUUGGAAAGAAAUUUGAAACUUUAAUUAUAAUUCAUUUAGCUAAUGAUGAAGAAUUCGACGAUCUUGAAAAGAAAGUAGAAAUUAAAAAUUAUGAUGAUAUUCAAGUUAAAACUGAGUCUGGUGCUCAAAUUAAUGAUGAUGAUACAAAUGUUGAUCCUAAACAUGUUGAAGAUUAA